AGCUGAGAGCGACGCACUUAAUAUUAUUUUGUAAACAUGGAAGGACCACCAGCCAAGAAGAGACGGCCUAAUUUCAGUGAGGCUGAAGUAUACGCUCUUGUGACUGAGGUAGCCAAACGAAAAGAAAUGAUUUUAGGGAAGUUGGACUCAACUAGAUGUACACUUCAACUCAAAAACCAUGCCUGGGGUGAAGUGUUAAAUGCGGUGAAUGCUGUUGGUAGAGUCACCCGCAAUGUUACUGAAAUUCGGCGGAAGUUUUCUGAUCUUCGUGUUAGCGUUAAGAAAAAAAGCAGCACAAGAUAAGAAAUAUGCUGGUGGAACAGGUGGCGGCCCCCAAAUUGAAAUUACAUACACUGCAAUUGAAGAAGCAAUUCUUCAACUAUUAGAUCCAGCCUCUAUACAUGGGAUUCCAGGGGAUGUUGAAAGUGAAGAACCUAUUACUGAAGAAGAAAGAGAACCAACCCCCGGACCCUCAGGAGCUAGGUUUACAGCUAGUUGUUUCCGAGAGGAAUUUAUGUUUCGGCUCGUUCAAGAGAAAGAUGAUUCUAUAACCCUCAUUCUGAAUGAGGAUAUACAGGAACAUGAUAUCACAGUACCCAUUGUGCAUUUAGAACCUGAAACUUCAGCACCUACAAACAUUCCUGGAUUUUCAUCAUCCGGAACAUAUGAGGUAGAAACAUGUAGUUCAAGCAAUACUCGUCAACCUAUUGCUGCUACCACGGAACAGCGAAGUAGGUCUAGUACCCCUUCUGCCACAGCUGUUAGGUCAACUGUAACUGGUGAUUACACUGAUGAACUGGGUUCAUCUCCAAUGCCAAGUACGAUCAGAAGUGGCAGGAGGCCACGAACCUCUUCUGCCCGAAAAGAUGAAGAUCUUCUUCGAGAGAUGCUUCGUGUUCAAACACAAAUGAGGGACAGUUUUUUUACAGCUUGUAGCUAACACCGAGUGCAUUGCAUCUGCAAUGCUAUGCAUUGCAAAAGUAAUGCAGUCGAAAAUCCUAUCCAAUGAUGCUGUGUUUAUGGUAUGUGUAUAUGUAGUUGUUUACUUAGGUAAGUCCUUUACUUUUGGUAAAUGUGAUAAUAGCGUAGUUGAAAAGUCAUCAAACAUUUAUUGUAAAUUUUCCUUUCAGUGAUUGUUAUGAAGGAAGACGGCAUGUUAAAAAAUUGUGUAACUUUCACUUGCAGCCUAUACUAGUCAUGAAAAUGUAACAGGAAUAUUUAGCUCUCCAUAACUUCAUUAAAAUCACGAAGUUAAGUGAAAGACACACAUUUGUCAACUAAUAACAUGGGUUGCAGUGCUACUAC